CUUGGUCUUCAGGUGUGCUUUUCCGUUCGUCACCGCUUCUUAGCUGAAGCGUUUGGGGGCGCGGGGUGCUCUCCCCAGAGUGAGAGGAGACUGACGGAGUUUAGUGCUGUACUAGCGGUGUGAGCGGUUGGAUUAAUGCGAGUAAAAACAAAGAGUUUCGAGAAGAAAACGAAGUGUCUCGGAUUCUGAUUGUCAUUAGAACAAAUUAGGACAGAAGUUCUUUUGUGGAUUAAUUGUCAAGAUGAUCGUCAGAUUUUUGGGAAUUGUGACAGUGUUCACGUCCCUCACGCCCUCCCUUCUGGAAGCCCGCCCAGAACCACCCGUAGGCGGUGGCGGCCCAUAUCCACCGUCUCGGCCGGAACCGCCAAGCAGUGGCUACAGUUACGGCCCACCACCGCUGCCGCCAUCCAUUUCCGUCAACAGUUAUGGUUCAGCCACCUCGGAGUACGGCCCACCAUCGCAGGCCCCCAUCAUCCACAAGCACGUUUACGUGCACGUUCCUCCACCGGAGCAAGAAGUUCCAACCACCCGGAAACCCAUCUCCGUCCCACCCCCGCAGAAGCACUAUAAAAUCGUUUUCAUCAAGGCACCAUCGCCACCCUCUCAAGCGCCACCUGUGAUCCCACCCUUUCCCCAGAACGAGGAGAAGACCCUCGUCUACGUACUGGUCAAAAAGCAAGAGGAGCAACCGGAUAUUGUCAUCCCAACUGCCGCUCCGACGCCCCCAUCCAAGCCGGAAGUGUACUUCAUCCGUUACAAAACGCAGAAACAGGAUGGGAACGCCGGAGGUCCAUAUCCGGAGAGCGGCGCUCCCAGCGGCGGCGGCAUCGGACCCAUUCCGUCUAUCGGCGGAGACUACGGAGCGCCGUCGAGUCCUCCCAGCAACAGCUAUGGCGUUCCGCUAUAGGUCGGUUCUGUCCGAGUAUAUCUACCACAAGUUUCUCAAGCUGUUUAGCUUGACGGCUGCGGCAGCGGCCACUGUCUGAGUAUUUUAGUGCUUUUUCAUUAUAAUGUUUAGUGAGUUCGACUGUUCACUAGCCUCGAACGGCAUAUGUUUACAAUGUAAGGUGAUAACUGUUUCAAUAAAAGUCGUACGUUAGUUAA